UCCACAAAAAAACUUAAUAAAUGAUUUUUAAUAGUUUUUUUUCGUUUAUUAACUUUUGAAUUAAAUGAGUUUGGUAGUAAACAGUACCUUGAUAAUGAAAUGCUAGAAAGUGAAUAUGGCUGUUUUUCUUGAUACGAUAGUUUACUUAGGAGCCAUAGAUAUUUUGGUUUAUGUGGAGAUCUCAAGCAUCUAAGAAGGCCUAGCAUAAAGAUAUUUUACUUAUAAAUAUUGUUUAGAGAGUCGUCACAUAAAAAUCAGAAUCCAGUGAAAUACAUUUAUUAAUGUGUAUUAUAAAUACAAAUCUGUUGCUUUAAUCUACUAUCAAUCGCUUAGUAUUUUUAAGACCUGUUACAAAUUACCUUUAAGAAAAAAACAUACUUACCUAUACAUUUAUUUGAAUAAUUAUUUCAAUUGUGAUAAGACAUCUAAAUAAAAAAAACAGUCACAUGGAGUCUAUUUAUUCGUCAUUUUACGGCAGUAACACAUAUUUGUUUCUAAGCUUUGCUAAAGUCGAUAACGUGCAGUUAUCUACAUGUUAGGCAAAUAUUCCUAUCGCUACCACGACACAUAUUACAAUUAAUUUUAUAAUUAUUGUAAUAGCUGCAAUCAUCGAGGUGACACAAAAUGAAUUCGAAUACAUCAAUUGCUAAUUGUAACUACAUAUCGAGUAAAGAUGUCAAACAAAUAGUGUACAAAUACCUUAAUACUAAAAAGGUCAUCAUAGAAAGUUAUUCUAUCGAAAGAGCCAGUGAGAAAAUGCUAGGAUAUUUAUGUGAGUACUGGAAGCUUAAAGUCAUUGUUGAUUCCGAUUGUAAAGAGCUUUGUUUUUUUAUAAAAGCAAUUUGCCGAUUUAACGAUGCAAAAGCCGAGAUGGUAAAGGAAUUCAAUCUGUACAAAAAGGAAUUGUGUUUUUAUUCAACGAUUAAAGAAAUAAUUAAAAUCCCAGAUUUGAAGCCGUGGAGUGCCGAAUUAGUAGAAACACUUAACGAUGCAAUGGUUUUUGAGGACUUGAACGCUUUGGACUAUAAACUGCAUGAUAAAUUUCAUAGAUUUGAUAUGCAACAUAUUUUACAAGCCCUAAACACGAUUGCUCGCUUUCACGCAUCUUCUAUCAUCUACGAGGAAAAACAGAGUAACAAAUUGCAACGCUCAUACAGACUUGAUGAAGAUUUUGGACAAGUGCUGGAUAAAGCUGGCUAUAGCGAAUCAAGUCCAUGGUUUUUGCAAUGUAUGAACGGGGCUUUAGAAGCAAUUAAAGUAUUCAUUGAGUUUAACGAUAAAGAUAAAAGCUUGAUAGAGUCACGUUGGAAUGAAAUUUGGCUUUCUGCUUUAAGUCUGAGCUCUCCUUCUAAUAAAUACAAAAAUGUUGUUUCUCAUAGAGAUUUGUGGAAUAAUAACAUACUGUUUCAUUAUGAUAACAAAGGAGAACCUGAUGAAUGUGUGUUAGUGGAUUUUCAAGCAAUACGUUAUCAACCACCCGCUGGCGAUGUCAUGCUUCUUCUGUGUUGUAACUUGGAUCCAAAGUUUAGGGAAGAACAUUUGACGGAAUUCUUAAAUCACUAUUACGAAGAAUUGAAACGGAUUUUACAAGAUAAUGGAAUAAUUAUUGAGGAUAUUCUGACAAAAGAUGAGUUUUUCGCGUCUGCCGAAGAACAGAGAAAGUGGGGGCUUGUAAUUUGUGCUUGCCUUCUUCCACAAGUGUGGAUAGACGACGAUCAAACAAUGGAAAUUUUCAGCGAUGCAGCGCAAUACGAUGAUAUACUAUUGAAGAAUAAAGCAGCGUUCAUAAUAAAAAUGAUGAAGGAAAAUGUUUCAUAUCAAGAAAAAGUUAUGGAAAUAUUUAUUGAAAUUGUUGGACGAUAUUGCUUAGAAUAGCAUAAUAUAGUGAAAACGUACUAUAUAUAACUUAUAAGAUAAUAUUUAUAGUGGCAAUACAUUUUAUAAAAAAUAAAA